UCCUUCCCUCUUACCCUCCCCUUUCCCCUCCCUGCUCCUGAACCUGCGGCUCCGCCUAGGAGCGGCGGGCGGGACAAGAGUCCACCCGGUCCCUGCGGCGGCCACGGGGCCUGGUGGCUCAGUCCUUGGCGGUAGCGACAUGCGGCUCCUGUUCCUGGCGGUGCUGCGGCCACACACCGGCAACGCGGUCACGGCCGAGCGCCUACGGGACCACCUAGAAGCCGCAGGCCACAUGUGCAUUCUGAGAGAUGCCUUUGACUUUGAAAGCCCAUCUGAAAUUGCCAAGCUCAUCGCAGCAGAGAACCUGGAAGCAGCCCUCGCCCUUCACCUCUACAGAGGAGGCAGACUUCUGCAAGGUCAUGGCAUUCCUUUCGGGGUCAUCUUUGGUGGAACUGAUUUAAACGAAGAUGCCAAUCAUAAAGACAAAAAUGAAGUCAUGGGGAAAGUUCUGGAGGAAGCCAGGUUUGCCGUGGCUUUCACAGAGGCGAUGAAGGGCACAGCACAGGCGCAGUGGCCACAUGCUACUGGGAAGAUCUUUGUCCAGAGUCAAGGAAUUGCAACGAUACCAAAUACCAACUUUAACUGGAACACCUUCCUCCAGCAAUCAGAGAUUGACCAAAAUGCAGACAACCUAUAUGUGUUCCUGGUAAUAUGCGGACUCAGGCCUGUAAAGGAUCCUCUGUACUUGGUAGACGCGUUCUCAGAAUGGCAUCAAGAAGAGCCCAAUGUUUACAUGGUGAUUGUAGGUCCCGAGGUAGAUCCGGCAUUUACAAGGGAAGUGAAAGACCGGGUGAGGAGGGCUGCAGGGGUGCGGCUGAUCCGAGAGAUGUGCCAGGAAGAUCUGCACGCAGUGGUGAAGAGCUGCUUCGCACUGGUCAACAGCUCAGUCUCCGAGGGCAUGUCGGCCGCCAUCUUGGAGGCCAUGGAUUUAGAAGUUCCUGUGCUGGCCCGGAACAUCCCUGGGAACUCGGCUGUGGUGGAGCAUGGAGUCACAGGACUGCUGUUUUCCAAUCCUCAGGAGUUCAUUCAGUUGGCAAAGAGACUGGUUAGUGAUCCUGCACUGGAGAAGGAAAUCGUGACCAAUGGAAGGGAGUAUGUGAGGACACACCAUUCCUGGCAGGUGGAAAGAGACACCUACCAGCGGCUCAUCCGGAAGCUGGAGGCCAGCUCGGAGGAUUAAAUGACGGAAGUCUCUGCUUACCACAUCUGUCCCAACAACCAUCCGGUGCUCAGCUCUGGGAAGAUGCCAAAAGAUGGGACUUAGUCCUGGACCACUGGAAUCCUGGAGUCCCCAGGAACUUAUCCACCCCCAACUCUCCUGCGUGGCAGACACAGUCUCCAAAGUGCUUACAGCUCCGUUCUGGAUGGGCUUAUAGCUCACUCCUGAAAGUCCUUAGGACUCAGUCCCCAAAAGUGUUUGCAGCUCAGUGCCUUCAGGGUGUGCUCUGACUAUCCUUACCUGUUCCCGAAGAAGAAACAGAAAGGCCAGGACUGUCAACAAUGUGGAACUGGCAGCAUUUUUGAUAAGAUCUUGACCUGCGGCCCAUCACAGGGUUCUGGUGGGCAUGUGGGGGCUCAGGCAGCGGCUGGCAUGCUUAUUAAAGCCCUGGAGAGGCUGUGAA